GGAACUUCCUCGUCCUGCAGGAGGGUAGAGGCGUGACGUCGCUGCCCGCAGAGAGGCCCGUGCGGCAGGAGGGAGAGGCUGGGACUCGCCGUGCGGGGGGACGGACGCUGCUGCUGCCGCAGAACAGACCGCGCACACCGCUGCGAGACGCGACCGAGCUCCACGCGGCCACUUUGCACACGCGCCAGAGCCAUAAUGCGGCAGCGCCCGCCGACCCGGAGCUGAUGGGACUGUGAAACCCAGACGGGCACCACCACCUCCGGCGCCUCGCCUCGUUGUCGGCGGGUCUGCAGGCGGACGGGGACAUGUCCUCCCCGAACGGGGCGGAGGACCAGAAAUGGGUACCGACGCACGUCCAGGUGACGGUGCUGAAAGGCAGAGGCUUGCGGGGCAAGGGCAAGCACGGCACCAGCGACGCGUACACCAUCAUCCAGCUGGGCAAGGAGAAGUACUGGACGUGCGUGGUGGAGAAGAGCACGGAGCCGGAGUGGAGGGAGGAGUGCUCGUUCGAGCUGCAGAGCGGCGCGCUGCAGAGCGGCCACCCGGCGGCGGGCGGCGAGCUGGUGCUCACCGUCAUGCACCGGGCGCUCAUCGGCCUGGACGUGUUCCUCGGGCAGGCGGUGAUCCCGCUCGACAAGCUCUUCGCGGAGAGCAGAUGCGCGAGAAACGAGUGGUACAGACUCAACUCCAAGACAGGGAAGAAGGAGAAGGAGCGAGGAGACAUUCAGGUCACCAUCCAGUUCACGCGGAACAACCUGACUGCUAGCAUGUACGACCUCGUCAUGAAGGACAAGGGCACCUCCACCUUCAGCAAGCUGAAAGAGCGCAUGAAGGGGAAGCGGAAAUCCAGCGAGGAGGACUCGUCGUCCGCUGUUCUGCCGGGAGGCUACGGGUCCCUGUACCGCAUGAGGCAGCGGCUGCCGAGCGACGGAGGCGGAGAGGAGGACUACGAGGACGACGAGGGGGGCGAGGUUCGGCGCAGCAAGAUGAGGACCUUCUUCCUGAGGGGGAAGCUGCGGAAGUCGUCGGACACCCGCUCCAGCACGUCGCUGGGCUCCGAGAGCAGCGAGUCGUCGUCGCGGGGCGGGAGCCUGAGUCCCACGGCCGGCAUCAGCGUGGUGGUGUCCGAUCUGUCCAACUCGCCCAGCAACAGCAGCAACCUGACGGCAGACAACAGCCCAGAGCACACAGCGAACACGUCGCCCAAGUCGGCCUCUCUCAAAUGUGACUUUGGCAACGAGGCUGGUGAAAUCACCAUUGCAGUGCCUCAGCCCACUCUGUGCGUUAACGGAAGCCAUGCUUACACAGUCCAGCCUCUGGGCCCGGGCUCGGGGAGGCCGGCGGAUUUGUUAGGCGUGGGACAGCUGCACAAGUCUCUGCCCCUGUCACUGUCGCUACAGAACCUCAGCCCCCGGGCCUCCACGGACCCCCUCAAAGGCCCGGUGGGAGACGGGCGCCGCUGGUCCUUUGACAAGCCCGGCGAGGAGGAGAAGGCUGCCAUAGCAGCAGCCUUGCAGCAAAGUGGCCCCAUGCUGGGCGAACAGGACGAGCGCUCGGAACAGGCUGCUCCGCCCAGAGCCGCCUCCACAACAGAAGCGGAAAGCCAGGGGAAAAAGCAGAGGAGGAACUUUUUCUCCCACGGGAGGAACGAGUCUCCGGGGAGAGGGCCGAGUCACUGCAAGGAUGAGCCUGAACAGGCCCCGGCUGCCGCCGAGGAGAAACACAAGGGAUGGUUUGGAUCCAAGGACUCGCACAGCAAACCCAGCCCCGUGAUGCCCGCUAAGCUAGAGCCCAGCACUGAGCCCUAUCCGCCAUGUGCCUCUCUGGUCUCCCCACUGCAUCACACUAACCCUUUCUACCAGUCACAGACUACCACACCCACCCUGUCCCCCCGCAACCCUUUCUUUUCCUUCCUCCAGCAGAUCCCUUCCGUCGAAGACGCGCUAACCCCUCCGCUAAACCCUCCGCCGCCUCCUUUGCCCUUUCUCUCCAGCUCCCGGCCUGCUAUAGGUCGGUUCUUUCCCCAGGCGAGUUACGCCGACCCCACUCUGAGCCACGACCACCCAGCCACGGACGGUGAAGGUGGCGCGAUAGCAAAAGCCGUGAGACAACGCCGGCCUCCGGCUCUUGCAGAAGGAGAGAGGCCUUUUGGCGGGAGGAUGUUCAACCCUUUCCUACCCGCCCGAGAGCCAGAGUGGGAUGACUCCUUUGAAGCGUUCGCAGCUGGAAGGCUGCACUCUCUGGAGGAUACGACCCCAGGCUGCACAAACCAGCCAACCCCGCCCGGCGACCGUCCACUGGAAAACCGCAAUGACGCCAGAGCGCUACCCCCUAGAACAGAUGCUGAUCGCGGCACAAAUGUGAGUGACGCGACACAACCCCAGGCACAUAAAGCUACGAGUCAGGUGAGCAGCACUAACAAACAAAUGCUGGAAACCAUCCCAGAGCACCUGAGCUUUGAGAGCGACCACAUAACAUUAAAUGCCCCUUCUGACUCUCUGACGCUGGAUGCAUGCUCUGAAACGACUCCAACUAACGGUAGCGGCACUAACACUAAUGAUUCACCCAGCACUAAUGUUCAUCAGACUUCUCGUUGCAUCUUGUCGAUGCAGCUUGACAGCAGCUCCCCCGAUCCCGGUUCCUCGGGUCUCGGCAGUUCAGCCGAGGAAGACUUCCCCUCGUGCCCUUCCUCUCAUUCAGACAAACUCUCUGCGUCCUCCUGUGAGGAAGCUGAAAGCAGCAUCCUCAGCUUUGAGAAGUCUUCUGAGCCAGCGGAGGAAAUGAACGUGGAGCCCUCAGAACCCGGAGAUGACGUUACUGACAGAAGAAAUGACCUGUCCUCAGUUGAUCUAACCCUGCAAACGCUUGUAGAUCCAACCACAUCACCGGAUCAGCAGCUCAUGGUUACUGCAGGCCAGAAUGAAACUCAAGGCGAAAACACACUAAAUGUUUGUGAUGAAGUGGACUCCGACCUGUUCAGAACGUUCAAACGUUCAGAACCACAUCUGAUUUCUGACUUUUCAUCACAAUCAGAGUCUGGACAGCAAGACGCCGAUGAAUUCAGCGUCUUGAUGAUGGAUUUCAGCAACAGCCCUGUAAACAAUGAACAUGUGAUGAAUCCAGCCGCUCCGGAGCAUCAGCUUUGCUCUAUGAUCCCUUCGUUGUUCAUCACAACCUCUUCCCCUGAUGCCAGGCGGUCGUUUCUAGACUCGCCUUUAGAGAGCACUACUUUAUCACAGGACACUAGUCAGCUUUUUAUGCCGUUUGGUGAAUUCCUCACUGCCAAUCCUUUCCAAGACCUCAACGGCACACUGCUGGACUCUGUGGGGUCUGAUCAGAGACCCGGCAGCUUCCUCCAGAGCCUCUAUGUCAGUACUGACUCUCAGAUUCACCAGAUCGGGGAGUCUGAGGUCUCAUCCACGUACUUCAGCGUCUUGGAGCCGAGCGAGAUGCUACACUGCCGAGGAGAGGAUGACAACAAAGCAACCGUAGAGACGGUUUUCUUAAUGAAGGGUGACUUCAAAGAAGCACAGACGGGGUCUACUGUGAGCUGUAAUCCAAGCAAGAUCAGUGACGGAGGCGUGGAAAGCCAGCACGUUAUCUCAGGUGGCCCCCAGGCACAACCUGCUCCACUGCAGCGCUCCCAGUCUGAGGGCACGCUGACUCCUUCCUUUGGCCAAGUGCUCCUGCCCUCCUUUGGUAGCGACCCCGGUGCCGUAAAGGAGCCACCCACGGCUCAGCCCGGCCCAGAUCUCCUCUGUCUGUCAUCCUGUCCUCUUUCCCUAACCCCUGACAACAUUCGCUCCCCUGCGGCGCUCUGUUCCCUCCCUGCCAACGCUCCGGCGAAGCCUCCGCCCACCUCGGCACCAGAUGCCGCGCCAAAGCCAAGGCCUCUGGAGCCAAAGCAGCAGCAGGCGGCCAAUCAGCAGAACAGCCCCCACCCUGUGAAGCCCCUGACCACUGCCACGGCGGCCGAGGAGAAGCGCGCAGAGGGCCGAUCUGUGCUGGCCACCGGCCUGGAGAAGCUCAAGUCCACCAUCCACCCCGGGAGGAGCAGCCAGCAGAGCGAGCAGGAGCCGGAGAGAAGGAAGGGACAGUCUCUGACAGAAGGAGCGGGCUCGUACUACCACCUGACCCACAGCGAACUGAUCGCCCUGCUGGUGCAGCGUGAGGGGGAGCUGGCCAGGCACAGGCAGGAGUUCGAGAAGCAGAGAGUUCUGCUGGCCAAGCGGGAGACGGAGCUCAAGAGGCUGAAGCCGCAGGUCAGAGAUCUGGAGGACUACAUCGACACGCUGCUGGUCCGCAUCAUGGAGCAGAAGCCCACUCUCCUGCAAGUGCGCUCCAAGUUCAAGUGACCAAGAGGGGGGCGGGGUCCGCAUCCGUUCACUCUAACCUCCACAACAGCUCUUUAGUGUUGUCACUGCUACGCUGUCCUUUUUGAUACCAAUAUUUAGGCACUGAGAGACGUCGGAGCGGUGUUUCCAGUCGGCAUGCUUUCCUGUACUGAAACCCGUUCUCGCCGAGGGGUUGGGUUCAGGCGGUUCUGAAUGUAGCAGGUCCUCAGGUUGUUUUCAGGUUCACACAGCCAGUUUGUUGUUAGCUCACAGAGGAGUGAGCCCAGCGGGGUCAAAGCCAGACACUUACUUUGGGAUGUGGAUUGUAGGAACACCUCACCUGUCACUCCUAUCACCUUAAUGCAGGAGAGAGAAGUCGUUUCAACUGCUGUACUUCUAUAAACACAUGGUGGUUUUGCAUGUUUUAGCCCAUUUAAUGUUUUUAAUCCAUAAAACAAAAACAGUGAUUCACUCCAAACUAUGGUUAUAGGUGCUUUUACUUUUCCAACUUAAGCUUCAGUUAAGCUUUGGGUUUUUUUAUUGAGACUAAAUUUACAAUUUGGGAGAAUUGUUCUUCAGAUGACUGGUAAUUUGAGUAAAACAUGAAAACCCACCAGUGUGAUAUAUUUAUUUGUUUUGUUUUCAGGGCGUUUCCGUAACGCACGACUGACUUGUUCCAGAUGGUGUUUGUUACUGAACUGACACUUUGCAAAUGUUCCCUGAUAAAUCUCGAGGGCUCUGACUAGUUAUUCGAAACUACGAAAACCAAAUGAGCGGUGCGAGAGUUCAGCCCGUCGUGAGCACGUUGCCGUGGGAACGUCCUGUAGCUGAUGAAUGUUUAAAAGUGUUCUUAGCCAGUGAGUGGACGGUUUGGUUUGCCACACGCUCAGUGCUGGUCAUCUCUUGCUUGUGUCUUCCUUUUUUCUCUUCCUUUCUUCUUUCUGUUCGCUGGGCCUGUCUAGCCCGGACACAUAAGCUGAGGCGUUAUCAGGUGAAGACAGUAUCAUUCAGUAUCCAGUCUGCAUCCAGACCGGGCAUCACGGCUUCUCUGAUCUCAUGCUGCUGCCUUCCCUCGUGUGUGGUUGUCGACACGACUUCGCCACAGUGAGAAAAUGCCUGCGACAUGCUGGUACUUGACUCGCCCCUUCCUCUGUGUCUGUGUGCCACACCCACAUCUGCUCAAGCACGCGUGUCGCUACUGCUUUCAGGUGUUACAAAGGGAUAUAUAUAGCGUUUUCUAGCAUAUAUGCCGUAUUGAAAGCCAAAUGCUGCCUUAUUUUAAGUUUUGUUUUGACAUUCAGAGAGAAUCUAUGAAUUUAUUUUACUCGAGGCGGGUUUUUUAAGAAAGAGAAGCCAUCAGCUCAAUGACCGUUUGUUUUGCUCAUUUUUAAUGCUUUGUUAUGACGUUGUUUAGGUCACUGCACAAUCGUAAAUAGUAUGCAUAUGAAUAGACAGUGAGUAGUACCAGUGAUUUAAUGUGAAAUGCCAAAAAAAACAAGCCUUCAGACUUCGAUCGAUACACCAUGAAGUAUUCUGAUAUGAUGCCACCUUUAACAGCAUUUGUGGAUGUUCUUGCACUACUUAAUCAUCGGAACAUAACUCUACUGUGCCCGUCUGUCUGAUAUUGGUAUAGUUUGCUCUACUUUUCACUGUAUGGCACUUUCUAAUUGCUCUGUGAUUAAAGCACUUGGCCUACUUUGACACCACCACAGUGACAAGCCAGUGAGCUUGAAGCAUACAGAAAUAACAUCCUAAUUUGUCUAGUCACCUCAGUUCUGCAAUUUGAAAUGCAUAGAUGACUGUAGAGACAUAUUUACUUGGCACUUAUGCAGCGCAAGAAAAAAAUGCCCUCUUUCAUGUCUUCCAUUUUGGAAAGGUAUUAUUUAAGUUCAACUUGAUUGCGAUUUUUUCCUUGUUGGAGUAUGCUCAAGGUAGUAUGUAAGACUGGAAAGUUUACAAUUCGUAAUGCAAUUCUGUUUCACAAAUUUUGUAUAUUUAAUAAAGAAUAUUUUGUGUUUCUUGCUCACAGUAA